ACAGGACGGACUGAGAUAGUGUAUUGAAGAUGUUUUAGCCCAUAAACGUAACAGAGAGCAAAAUGCCAUUGUUGGACUUGGUUGGAGCUAGUCUCGGCAUUGUUUAUCCUGUUUUUUUAAACGAACUCAGCCCAUUCACGGUUUACUUUAAGCCCUAAUAACAACAAAAAAAUUAAGAAAUACCUUCUCUCUUUUCUUAGCAAGAGUUACAAGCCUGCUCUGGUACGGAAUAGUUCACUUAUACAGCCAGGAAGGAACAUGUCUAAACUAUUGAACACAAUAAUGACAAACUACGACAGGAACAUUAGGCCAUUCUAUGGAGUGCGAGCUGUUGAUGUCAAAGUGGACAUUCUUAUCUUGUCAUUUGGUGAAAUACAAGAGGCAGAUAUGGAGUUCAGUUUGGAUCUGUAUCUUGGUUUGUUUUGGCAGGAUCCAAGGCUUGCCUUGGGUCUUAACAAAACUCUUACUCUUGGAGGGGACUAUGCAGAUAAAUUCUGGCUUCCUGAUACAUUUUUUGUUAAUUCAGUUCAGACAAGUGUCCAUGAGACGAUUCUUCCAAACAAGAAAGUUUGGGUAAAUUUAAAUGGUGGACACAUGAUGCUAAGUGCGCGGAUGAAAUCUACAGCCUCUUGUAAAAUGAACUUACGGAACUAUCCAAUGGAUGAUCAGAUUUGUCACUUAGCUUUGGAAAGUUUCUCCUACGACAAAGACGAUCUACAAUAUACUUGGAAGAAAAACGUCGGCACAGAAAUUUACAUAUACGACAAGGAAAUGGCUCAGUUCACUGUCUUCAAUGCGACCAGGAAACUCAAGCAUCCAUUGUACCACUCAGAAUCAUUUUCCGGUCUAACAGUCACCAUACACUUCCAACGUCGUACAAUGUACUACAUCUUCCAGAUGUACAUACCCUGCGUAUGUAUCGUGGCUCUCUCUUGGGUCAGCUUCUGGAUUGAUCCAGAGGCGAUUCCAGCACGUGUCGGCCUCAGCAUCACCACAGUACUGACUAUCAGUUAUAUGUUGGGUUCCGUGAACUCCAACCUUCCACGCGUGUCCUACCUCAAGGCUAUCGACUACUUUUUACUGAUGUCUUUUGGAUUCAUAUUCUUUACUCUGGUAGAGUACGUGUUUGUCCUAAGGUAUUCUAGAAGGAUGAAGUAUGUCGGGAGUUUUGUUCCUGGAGACAGAGCCCAUACUGCUUUGGCCAAAGAAGACUGGGUAAGAAUACUGGCUUGGGAUGUAAUCAGAUCGAAAAUAACGGAUAUGUUGAGGCGGUAUCAUUUGCAAACGUUUUAUAGGUUUUCUUUUAUCCCAAACCAGCUAACUUGUACGCCCGGGUGUUGAUGCAAUCGUGCGCACAAUAGACCAUAGUCGUGUUCCUGGUAUUGGACUGGAACUGGCUUGCAACUGAGGCUAAUGCGGGGAAUCUUUUCAUUUGCAAAUGAUAUUCAUCUCAUUUUAAUGAUAUUCCCCCGCAUGAGCCUCCAUUGCAAGUUAGUUCCAGUCCAAUAACGAGAAUAAGAAUAUGGUCUAUCACUUUUAGGAUCCCGUACAUUAUCUCAGAACAACUCAUUAUACUAAUAAAAUAGAACUAAAAUAGAACUUGACUCUGGCGCCAUGAAGGAAACAAGAAGUUGUUUUAUUGGCUUACAGGCAUUUUACUUAGACAGUUACGCUUACUACUGAAAAUGUAACAUUGUGUUAAUGUUUUUUUUUUCUCCUUCUUUCUUUUACUUUCGUACUUCAGGUCGACAACUGUCAUAGA